CUCCGUACCAGUUGCCCACGACGAGGAAUGGAAACAAAACUAUCAUAAAAGAACUAUUCAGUCUAUAACAAGUAACAGAUUUCGAGGCUUAGCGCGCUCAAUUGCUACUCGUCUCGUACAUGUACAUCUGAACAAGUUUUAGGUUUCUUUAGCUAGACAGCUUACUUUCGCUUGGGAAAGACUAUUUCUCAAGCCGACAACGCGCUAGCUGACAUCCAUAGAGUAUUCUUUGACCACAAGUCGCGAACAAAUCAUCACCUAGCUCACCCUCUUAAUAAAAUACCACCUGAAUUGCCCACACUGAACAAGAUUUUGGGUUUAGCCAUCCAUGUCGGAUGUCAAGAUCGCAAGAAUGGUUGCACCUCACGACAAAGACGCGUGGAAGGCCAAGGCGAAAUCCAAGAGGGACAGCAUCCUCGCCGCCAUACCGCGCGAAUGGAUACUGACUCCGGAGGAGCUCAAUCAAGUCUCACCGCCUCGGCGACGUGACAUUGUGCAGUAUGCUCGGCAGGAACUUCUUACCGCCGAGGAGCGCGACAUCACCGAGAUGGAUGCCGUGGCCAUCGUAAACGCCGUACGCAGCCGCAGCUUGACGGCUGAGAAGGUCACUCGGGCGUUUUGCAAGGCGGCGGCGAUUGCGCAUCAAAUAUGCAACUGUUUGCACGAAGUAUUCUUCGAUCUGGGGCUGGAGCGCGCAAGACGGCUCGACAAGUACCAAGAGGAAAACAAUGGCCGUACAGUAGGACCCUUGCAUGGCCUGCCCAUCAGCCUCAAAGACCAGUUCCACGUCAAAGGCGUGGAAACGACCAUGGGCUACGUCGGAUGGAUUGGUGGUAACCUAGGGUAUCCCGAUGCGCACGGCAAACACGAGGUGCAGAGCCAGACGGCCGACGAGCUUGAGGCUCUGGGGGCUGUUUUCUAUUGCAAGACGAGCGUGCCGCAGACACUCCUGUAUACCGAGACCGAGAACAAUAUCAUUGGACGGACCCUGAAUCCUCACAACAUGAUUUUGUCCUCGGGAGGUUCUUCCGGGGGCGAGGGUGCGCUUAUAGCACUUGGUGGCAGUGCCAUUGGUGUUGGAACGGAUAUCGGAGGCUCUGUGAGAAUCCCCGCUGGGUUCUGUGGCAUAUUCUCGCUCAAGCCUACCCCUGAACGUCUAUCCUAUCGCACCGUUGCCAACGCUAUCCCAGGACAGACCACAUAUCGCUCGGCCGUGGGGUAUAUGGGAACUUCAGUAGACGGACUGAAUCUCAUACUGAAAUCGGUGCUCUCGACCAAGCCUUGGGCCAAAGAUCCCGCAGUGGUGCCCUUGCCCUACAGAGAAGACAUGAUGCGUGAUUACCUCGGCCGUCUACCGUCGCAGGGGAAGCCAUUGAAGCUCGGCAUUCUCUGGAGAGAUGGGAUCAUUGAGCCACACCCUCCUGUGACUAGAGCCAUGACAAUGGUAUAUGAUGCUUUGAACAGGACAGGACACAAGACCGUUGACUGGUGCCCCCCUUCCCAUAAACACGGAUAUUACAUGCAUCUUGAAUUCCUAUACUCGGACGGACGGGAAGACAUGCAUCGUCAUCUCAAAAAAUCGGGCGAACCUCUUAUACCGCUCCUUAAGCGGUAUACAGGCACAAAAGACCCCAUCUUGCUGCUUGCCUAUCAAGACCUCGUCUUGAGAGCCUUGAAAUACGAGGAACAAUAUGCAGACUACUGGAGGUCAACAGCCGACCAAGAUGGGCAAGAAGUCGAUGCCAUUAUUGUGCCCGUCUGUCAGAGCGCUGCCGUGGUACCGGGCAAGUUGUACUCCUCUGGCUACACGGAAAUCUUCAACCUUUUGAACUACAGCGUGGCGGUAAUCCCCGUGACCAAGGCCGACAAAGAGAUCGAUCUUAUGCAUGAUAGGUACAAGCCAAAGCUUGGGCUGGACGAAUUGAACUGGAACUCUUAUGACCCUGAAAUCUACCAUGGGGCCCCGGUCGGGAUACAGAUCGUGGGCAAGAAAUUCGAGGAAGAAAAGGUGCUUGCUAUUGCGCAUCUUGUAAACCAGGCACUGCAGGAAUCUGAGGGAUCAAAGCCCAACCCCCGGCUCUAGACUAGCGAACCUCCCUAGACAUACUAACACAGGUGCAGCAUCUAUGUAAGCUCGGGUGUCUGGUAAAAACCACAGCAACAAUGAAAACGCACCACAGACUUUUUUUUUGCUUUUGGAAAAAAACCACCCCCCUUCUCAAUCAGCACUUGUUCUGCCCAUUACCCGGGAAAGUGCCCGACUGGUACGCGCCGCCGGCAUCGCCCAGGCAGUCGGCGACGGUCACGAGCUUGAGGUUGUUCUGCCUCGCCCAGUUGAUGAGCCAGGGCACGAGGACGUUGACGGUGCUCUCGUACGUCUCGUGCAUGAGCGGGAUGUGGCCGUUGCCGCCCGCGCCCGCGCGCUGGAACUUGGCCUGGCUCUGCUGCGGAGUCUCGCGGUUCCAGUCGCCGCUGUCAAUGUCGUUGGUGAUGACCUUGUAGCCGAGCGUGCGCAUCGUGUUGAGCGUCUGGCCGCCCGUCGCCAGGUACGGGGGACGCAUGUACGCGGGCUUGCGGCCAAAUAUGUUGACAAACGCCUGCUCCAGCUUUUGCAUCUCUUGGGUGAUGGCGCUGGACUGCAGGUUGCCGAGGUUGGCGUGGCUCCUGAGAGGGGGGGAGUGGGUUAGUGAUGUGAGUUGGUUGUUGGGCUUAUGGGGUUGGCGAGCUGAAUGGAACAAGGAGGGAUGACCAUGCGUACCAAGUAUGCGAGGAGAUCUGAUGACCGCUGUUGUAGGCGUUCCUCACCGCCGAGGCUUGGUUGUAUAUACAGCCUGGGAGAGGGAAAGUGUUAGCUCAUGUUGUUUCCAAGACAAACAUACAACGGAUUCCAUGCCUGUCAAGGUCUAAAUAUCGAGAGACAAAAGGGAACCUACCAUAGAGAGUGCCGGUGAAGAAAAAGGUUGCCUUGCCGCCAGCCGCGUUCAGGGUGUCAACCAGCUUCUGGGUGUAAGUGUAAGGACCAUCGUCAAAGGCCAAAGCGAGAGUGCCUGGCCUUGCACAUUGGGUGUACACAACUCCCGGGUUCGGGGCCCUCCGGAAGAUAUCGAGAGGGCUUGGAGCUGGCCGAGCGGAGACAAGGACGUCUGCUGCGAGAAGCAGCGACGUCGCUAGUACCUGGAGGAGCUUCAUCAUGUCCGAGGUGGACCAGUAAGUAACCUGUGUGGAGGUCAACGGAUGAUACCAGGAGCAAUUCUCAGCCCUGUACACUUAAAGUACCGUUCCCUGUACUAGUUCUAGACCUAGUGUGUACGUAUUCAUCGGAAACACAAAUCUGGAGAAAUCCAAGAUAUAUACUAUUCUCCAGACUAUACUAAGACGGCAUUCGCCCCACAAUCGUCAUGA